CGGAGCGCCUCGCUCCUGUCAGCGCCAUUGUGUGUCCGAGCCUCCGGCAGACAGGACGUCUUGUUUCUCCGUAGCCGACCGGACUCUUUAAAUACCCCCAUGUUUCUCCUCCAAACUCCUGUGGACCUACAUGUGAUAUAUGUUCGGUAAAGGUGCGAAGCGGAAGCUGGAUGAGGAUGAAGAGGGGCUGGAAGGCAAAACGCUGGAGGAGUCUGCGGCGGGCGCAGGCCUGGGCUUGUCCCCGGACGGCCUGUCCAAGGUGUCCUACACCCUGCAGCGACAGACCAUCUUCAACAUCUCCCUGAUGAAGCUGUACAGCCAGCGGCCGCUCGGGGAGCCCAGCCUGGAGCGCCGCGUGCUCAUCAACAACAUGCUGCGCCGCAUCCAGGAUGAGCUGAAGCAGGAGGGCUCGCUGAGGCCGCUGCUGCUGCCGCCCUCGCCGCCGCCCGACGACCCCAUGGACGAGAGCUACCGCGAGGCCUCGCCCGCCUUCGGAGUCCAGGUGUCACAGCCCUCCGCUCUGCUGAUGCCGGUGAUCAUCCCGCCGCCUUCGCCUCACCCCUCGGUGCCUCCCUCCUACCUGGCCCCCCACCUCUGCCUGGACCGUGUGGAGGUCCCGGCUGUGGAGGCCUGCCUAACUCCAGCCUCCUUGCUGGAGGAGGACGGCGGCGAUUUCUGUGCCCCGUCGCCCCCCACCCCGCCUCUGUCACCUCCCCCCGCGCCUCCUCCGUCACUGGGACUCCUUAGUCCGGUGGCCACCCGGGUCUCCCUGCCCAGCGCGCCCACAGACACUUUCGUCUCCCCUCUGAGUGACAUGGAGUUGGGUCCUCCCACAGCCAUAACAAGGUCAGCAGCAGCAGCUAAUCUCGCAACCGUGACUACCUCCCCAACUCCCCCACCGCUCUCCCCCCACUCGGGACCCUCCCCAGCCAGGGACUGCAGAACCUUGUGUGUUAAAGCAGAGGCAGCUGGCGUCCAUCAGGUCGAAGGUCGGGGAGCCGAGCUGAGACCCGCCGAUGCUUUACCCGUGCUGCCCCCUGGUGGUCUCGCAGAUGCCUCCGCCUCGGCACCGCCGUCCUCCCCUUCUGGUUUCCUCUCGGACUUGGCCCUGGACGACGUCCUGUUCGCUGAUAUCGACACGUCCAUGUAUGACUUUGACCCCUGCACGACGGCGGGGGCCGUGGGCGUGGCCUCCGGGCCUGGACUCGCCAAACUCUCGCCGGUGGUCACGACGGACGACCUCCUCAAGUCGCUGGGGUCUCCCUACAGUGGCCCUGCACCCCAAGUGUCCGCCAAUCAGCCUUUUAAAAUAGACCUAACAGAACUGGACCACAUCAUGGAGGUGCUGGUGGGCUCAUGACUAGACCCCGCCCCCCUUUAAAGGAACGAGGAGCAGAGACUGACGACUUUUGGGAUGUUUUCGUUUCUUAUCCAGAAUUUUGCUUUCGAGGUCGAUAAUUGUAAACAUCCGCGUGAUGUCCAUCAGUACUACUACGACAACUACUACUACACACUGUGCAUGCACUGUGCCCGCCUUCCACUCACACACGCACACACACACAUCUUCUACACUUCAUCACUUCAUUCCUUCAUGUGACCCCACGGACCCCGAGCCUUAAACCCUUUGAGCGAAACUGUAAAUAGACAAACUUUGUCCGGUCCUCACUGAGACACACGUGGAUCCACUUCUAUCAGCCGAGUGCCUUCAUGACCACUGACUCACAGUAUUCUUUAAUUUAUUCUGUUGGUAGAGAUCAAAUGAAUAUUUAAUCUUGUUUCUCAAGUGCAGUUUUAUUUAAACGUCUCUCUAGCCUCCUUGCUCCAGCUGGAACUCGACUGUGGCUGUCGUCCUCGGCUUCACCUGGAUUCAAACAAGCUGGUGUUUACAUCUGCGGCAGUAGCAAAACGUGUUGGCGCCCCCUGCAUGUGAGUCUGUUCAGCUCAACCUGUUUUUGCCCUCGGUGUUUCUUCACACUUGCCCUGCCGUCCCAAACUGCCUCAGAGAACAGAUAGUUUUGAAGAGAACUGAAUUUGAAAAAUCGGCAGCAGAGUUUUACUGAUCUCCUCUCAAGUUCUCCAUCGGAUGAAGGUUUUAAGCUUCAGAUACAUGGACUCAGACAACAAGUAUUGUUUUUAAAGUCUCAUAGUAUUCCGAAUAAUUUCAUCAACCUGCAGUAUGAUUUUCUUACUCCGUGUUUAUACUUCCCCAAGAACGGUGAGCUCAUGAUCCGAACGUUUAAAUGUCUUGCAUCAAGAAUGACCUGAUAGUUACCAAAAGCUCUGUGACUCCCAUGUCAGUUUAAUGUGUUUUAGACAAUAGAAAACACUUAUGGUUUCAUGGUUAUGAAUUUUAAAAAAUGAAACGGUCCUGCUAAAGUUGAUUGAAAUUUUAAAACUCCACUUGUCAUAUUGAGGACAUUUAAAGGUUAUAAAUUUUUAGAAUUUUUUUCUGAUUUUACAUUUUUACCUUUCUAUUUCCUAUUUCAUAUUCGGUCAUUUUCAGGAUUUAAAAAUUUGUAUGGGUUUUAAGGAAUUCUUAUCAAAAUAAUAGGUCAUAUUCUGUGAAUAAAUGAGUUUUUCAAUGGAAUUAAAUUGAAUGAAUAACCAAAGUAGUCAGUUUAGGUUUGUAUACAAAAUGAAUGUCCACAAAAACAAGUGUUCAGGCCGAUCUUGGAGCUGCUUUUUCACUAUCGUCCACAUCCGGUGUCCUACGUUGCCCUGUCUGAACAAAAGUGUUUUGAGUUAAGAAGAUGUGGACUCUCUACUUUCCUCCCUCACCUGGCCGCAGCUGUGAGUGUAUGUGGUCGUCCAUCUCCCGGAGACCUUUCCAGGGUGUCCCCUGCCCACCACUCACCGCAGGCCGCUGGGAUUGGAAAGAAUGCUAACAUUGCUAAAUUUUGUAGAAAAAGGGGGCAAAGGAAGUCGACAAGAAAAAUUGAAAAUAUCUAAGAUUCAACUGACUUUAAAAUGAAAAAGAAUGUACAGAAAUACUGUAUCUUUCGCAUCAGACCUGCAGCAAAACCCGAAGUGAACUGUUUAAAGGGGCUCACUGUGAAAAAGAAACGUUUAAGGAAGAAGAAUUACAGCUGUGGUGAAACGUGAAGAAACAAAUGACCCAAAAAUGGCAGUGGGAGAACCAGCUAUUGACCUUCACUCAUUGUAAAUGAUUCUUCAGGCCUUUGUCCCUGCGCCUGGUGAAUCAUGGAGCCGACUGGGCAACUGAAAGACUGUGGGAUGUAGUUUGGUGUUCUACUUGUUCACCAUCACAGUAGUGGUUCUUGGAGGUGUUUGAUGCCGUUUGUUGAGGUUUGAGCUGAGCAGACGACAAGUUUCUCUGUUUGCAGACGAUGUCAUGUUUUUCCUCGUUUGAAUCUUUGGAGUGUUUUGUUUCCUUUCUUUUGUCGUUAUUUAUUCAUGUUUUUCCUUCCUUCCUGUAAAUAUAUUUAUUUUUGAAGUGUUGGCGUGUGUACAGAAUGUAACUGCUCCAGAUCCGAAUGUAUCGGAGCGGGGCGUCGCGUCGGAAGCCAUUUUGAUCAGACGUUUCUUCGUGGCGCUGAUGGAGACUUGUGUUCUUUUCUACUCCCGUCGACGCGCAGCAAUACGACCGUCUUCAGAUGUCAAACGUCUCCAAAGCUUCAAAGCCAAAAGUCGUGUACAUAUUUGAACAAACGUUGAAGCUUGUGUCCGAUCAGUGUUUCGUAGAGAGUUACCCAGAGAGGCUGCCCGGCCGAGCUCCUCUGUAAACGGCUGUGUUUUCCGCAGACCUCAGAGCUGUGCCUUUUCUAUGCAACACACACACACGCACACACACUCACACGCACACACAUACACACGCAGCUGUAGGGGACGUGUGACUCCAGAUGAUGAACAUAUAUGAGAUGAAGUGACUGCUGUCUAUGAAACGGUCUUACUUUUGUAGUUUUAUAAAUAUAUAAAUAUAAAUCAACAUAUAAACAAUAAAGUGUAUUAAGAGAACACUGUUGUUGAGUGAUGAUCAUCGUGUGAUUAUUUUCUCGACGUCACCCGAAUGUUCUCUCACAAUGUCAUCAUCAGACGGUCCUCGCUGACCUGCCCCUCCCCUCUCUGUUCUAGAUGAGUCACUUUCGUUUGUUGUCAAGACCUCCAUCUUCACUUCCUUCUGCACCUUCUGCAGCUCCUUCUUCAUGCCCUCCCACUCCAUGAUGCCCUCAUCCCCCCCCACAUAUCUUCCUUUGCCCCUUCUCCUCUUCUUUUCUCAACCUCCAUCUUCACUCCUUCUUUACCUCAUUCUCCACCUUCUCAUAUUCUUCUCCUUCCACUUCCUUCAGCUUCACUAGCAUUUCCUCCUUCACCCAUCACCUCCUUCUUUCAAUAAGACUUGUGCAAUAUAAAGCCACCAAAGGUGUUUGUGUGUUGUGAAGACUGAUCUUCCUAAAUAUUAGCUGCAGCGUCAGCAGAAAUGGCUGAGGACGCCGCUGCCGCAGCUCCGGAGACUCCCUGACCC